AUGGAACAAGUCUGGACUAGCGGUCUUCUUACCCCCCAGUAUUUGGUCGCACUCAUAGUUCUCCUCACAACACGCACACAAUCUUGCCCUCAUCUCAUAGGCCGCUCGGCAGAUUUCAAGCCUUCCGAUAAUUACUCCGAUUCUCUAACCCGCAGAGUCUUCAUGGACAUUAAUCCAGAAGAUGUGGCCUUUCUAGAACAUUUUCAGACGUUGCCGAAGCUGAGACGCCAAGCCUUCUAUCGCGGCCUUCUGGCACAGCUACGGCCAGAGGAAUGGCGCGAAAUCAAGGCCCAAGCUGAUACUCAUACUUUUCAAUAUGACAUCCUAGGCAAACUGCCUCUGGAAAUCGCGUCCCUUGUCGCAGAGUACCUGCCUCUGAUUGACGUUAUCCGCCUUCGAAGGGUCUCCAGGCGUUGGCACUCUCUCCUCUCGUCACCAUUGUUGUGUCGUGCCGCGACACGGGCUACAUUGGGGAUAGACCCCUGGAUACCUUCUCCAGACCCAGUCAUCUUUUCGAAUGGUAUAAUCCCCGAUAAAUCGGGCCAUGAUUUUACUACCUCAUUCGCCAAUUUCGUCAGAAGGAGAUCCCGCCUAGAACAGGGAAAUCCAUACAAAGUCAUCUCAAUGCGCAGUCCACUGGAUCACGAAGAUGGUGAUGGUCAUGAUGCCAAUGACUUCAGCUAUUCCAACGGCAUCUGUGCCUGGAUCGGUGAAGACGGGUUUAACACCUAUGUCAUUACCCUGAACAUAUUAACAGGCCGAAUAAAAAAGUUCACCACGGCCAACCGCGAAGUGCUAUUACAGGUCCGAGUUUCCGAGUCUUUAGUUGCUGCGCUCUCGAUUCGGGGCAACUGCCAUGUGUGGAACUAUGAUACCCCCGAGCCCUCUUCUUUCAGGGUUCCCUCGUUGGACUGUAACCAUAUCCUGAUCCAUAAGACAAGGAUUGUCCUGGAUUAUGGGGAUUAUCUCGUCCACUGGAGCUGGGAUACAAGAAUCGCCCGGACUAUUGACAUUGGAGAGACUGCGGUGGCUUUAGCUGUCCAUCCCUUGGAGGAUCGAAUUACUUUAGUCCACUUUUGUCGGGAGGAUGAAAAGCGCUGUUCGGAACCGGAGAUGUAUGUCGACAGUUGUGGAGAAGAGGGCCCGUUGAUCGAGGCUUUGCCGACGUACCAGCUACAGACGACAACAUACGCGCUAAACAGCAAGAACGAAUGGUUCACAUGUUUUUCACGCUGCGAGUCGAUUCCACGGUCGUUCUUCCCCGAGUACUGGAUUCUUGGCAACAUCGGUGCGAGAAGGGAUGCGAUAAAUCCCGGGCAGAGUAGUGUGAUUGAAAGAAUUGAAACAGACAGGGGGGACAGGGACAGGAAACAUGGCAUCUUGGUCUAUGUCUCGGUUGAACCAAACGGACAGGUCGCCAUCCACACAAUGCCACGAGAGCUUGCCUCAGAAGGCCAGUUCGUCUGCCCUGAACGAGGUAUACUUUAUGCCUCUUUCGUUGAGGGCGAUGAGCAAGAACACCGACAGUGGACAAUUUUGAAGGCUAGGAUCAUGCCAAGCACUUCAAACUCGUACACCUGGUAUGACUACUCCAUCCAGCGCAUGGAGAAGAGGGAGCAGCCUCUUCGUAUCCUUGGUGAUGCCCAAUUUAUGGUUUUCCUGGGCCAGAGCACUUUGGACAUCUGGGCGAUGGAUGAGAAUGGCGCGGAAAGAGAUGACGAUGGCAAGAUGUCGGGGCUUGAUCGUACUCAUGGGACAUGA